CCCCUCCGAGGCUCCCAGCCGUGGCCGCGCGCACCCCCAUUGCGGCGCCUCCACCUCUAGAUCCCGCUCCUCCUCUUCUACUCCUCCCUUGCAGCUGCGACCGAAUUAGGCCCGCGAGUUCGCUUCUCCCUCCUCCUUGUCGACGGCUUCGAGCGCGUCAGAUUCCCUUCGCUGCCGAUGAGGUUGGAGAAGUGCUGGUUCUGCUCCUCCACCAUCUACCCCGGCCACGGUAUCCAGUUCGUCCGCAACGACGCCAAGAUCUUUCGCUUUUGCCGAUCAAAGUGUCAUAAAAAUUUCAAGAUGAAGAGGAAUCCUCGUAAGGUUAAGUGGACAAAAGCAUACAGGCGCUUGCAUGGCAAGGACAUGACCAAGGACACAACCUUUGAGCUUGAGAGGAAGAGGAACAGGCCUGAGCGGUAUGACCGGAAUGUUACAGAACAAACUCUGAAGGCUAUCCCACUUAUUACGAAGAUUAGACAUGACCGUCUGAAGAAGCAUAUUACGGACAGACAAAAACCUGGUAAGGCCCAGGAGCGGAAGAAAGAUGCUAAGGAGUUGGAGCAGGAUCUUGGCAUGCUUCCGAAGAACUUUGUUGAGCCUUCGAUUGAGAAUACAAAGAUCAAGGUCAAAGUUAUCAAGCAGCAGAUUGAAGAUGAUAUGGAAGAAUAACCGGAGGGUGACAAUGUGUUUUUGCUUGUGUGUGUCUUACGCUGUGUUUCAUGAGGUUGUUCUACUAUCAUGUAGUCAAUGAAAGAUGUUUUGAGAAUAUGUUUGUUGCAGUCCUGAGAUGAAUUAACUUUUAGGGUUUAGAGUGGAUGUUUGGCACAGUAAUACGAAAUUCUGUUGUUGGCCGGUCCGCCGUGGAUGCGGCAGUUUUCGAACAAGAAAA